AUGGCAUCUUGUUUCUCCUCUGACUGUGAGUGUUCCAACUGCCUGGAAAAGAUGCAGGACGAGUCCGACUGCGACCGUUGCUUCAGCGAGAGCGAUGACAGUGACUCUCCGUGUUCAGGGUCAAGAAAGGAGUCCAGGCCCCUGGGUAUGCAGUGCUUCCCUUCUCCUCGGGGUCCCUCCAGGCCAGAGAACAGCAGAAAAGACCCAGUGUUUCUUUCCUCAGAGGAGGAAAGCUGCGUCGAGUCUUCUCAAGAUAAUCAUUUCAGCUGGAACCCAGAGGGCACUGCCAGGAAAAGCAGGCCUUUGAGGGAGCUGACAGUUGAGGAGUUAGUGAGGGAGUUCGGGGGUCACUGGGAGUUUCAACCGAACUCCAUGUCUCUGGGCCACUUUAGGGACCAGGUGGUGAUGAAGUUCAGAAGAGCUCUGUAUUAUUCCGGAAUAUGGGUGACACACGUCCAAGGCUACAGGCCUGAAAAGCGCUUUUCAGCUCAUUACUUCAAGAGACACCCCGGCUGCCUGCAGAGGCUGGUCCCCUGGCUGAAACGGGAGCUCGCGGCCGUGUACGGAGAUUAUGGCUACACGGCGAGGAACAUCCUCAGCACCGUCCUCCGCCACAUGACAGAACUGGAUCUGGACAGCGAGGCCUUCAUUUACCUGCUGGAGCCCUACCUCCAACACCACACCCACCACUUCCUGCACGAGUUCAUCAGCUUCGUUCAUUCGCCUUAUAACAUGGAGACUUAUGACCAACGGGCCAUCUACCAAUAUUCUGCUUCACCGUGGGUACAGAAGAAGGCCUUCGCGUCCACUCCUGUUGUGCCUGUGCCUAAGGAUCAGGCCCUCCUGGCCUCUCAGCGUGCUACAAGGAUGUCCCAAAACACCGGUGGCCCGUGGAAUAGUGAGCAGAGGCCUCUGUCGGGCUUGAAGCCGUUUCCAAACGGGAACUCUUUCUUGAAGGGAUCUGAAAUCCCACCAAUCCAUAGCAAAACAGCACCCAAAACCGACGCUGGGAUCAAAGACAAACCAGAAUCAGGUGAUCACAACGGCGCCGUUUCUACUAAUGACACGCUCCUGGACUGGGCUGUUCCAAGGGAAAGGGUCCCAGGCUUACAGAAUUGCAAACAAAAUGUUCAAGAGAUGAAGACAAAAGGGAUGAAGUUGUUUCCUGGGCGGGUCCAGGACCUGGGAGAGGAGGAAACAGCUGCAGGCACCUUCAGUCCCCCAGCAAUUGUUAACCAGGGGAAGCAAUGGAAACACACUCCAACAGAAAGAAAGGUUUUAAGCCUUGGCCAGCAUACGAAUGUCCAGAAAAAAGCAGAAAAAAACAAAUACUCAGAUUCGUCACCAAAGAUCUUUCAAAGAUGCUUGCCCAGAGAAAGAUCUUUGACAAGCUGCCGAUCCAGAAAGAGGGACCCCUCUUGGAGUUGCAUUUCAGAAAAUGCCCUUUCUCUCGAGAGAGAUGGUAGGAAGCUGAGCUCUUUUAGGAAAAAGAAGAUGAAGUGCAGGCAGUCCUCCCAGUUUGUAGAAGUUAGGUCACACUCCAGUAGAAGACUCCAAAGACAAUCCAGGUCUGGCACUCACAGAUCCAAAUCCUGGUGCGUUAGACUUACAAAGAGAUCAGCAAGCAGAGAGUCAAGUGAUCCCUCUCUGAGAGGAAGCCACAGAAGUGAACGUUUCACCCAGAAUAUAGGCUGCGAGCCCUCAAAGGACAAGAAUGUGCAUGGCUACGAAUCACACCAUCAGAGGGCAUCUUCAGCCACAGUCCAAUACACGAAGCUUCCCUCCACUGCUGGGAAGAAGGCCAAGUGUCCUUCUAAAAGCGAAGGGGCUUCCUCAGCCGGAAGCCACUGUAACAGUCCCACAUGCCUACAGACGGAGAAGCACAGGUCCCCAAGUAAACAAGAGAUGAAGCAAAAACCCACAUGUCCUACGGCUAGGAAAGCCAGAGCAGUGAGGCAGACAAAGGACAGAUGCCACCGAGGUAUACAAAGCACCGAGGAAUUCAGUGAUGAAGUGGAGGACCUGAAUGAAAUAAGGCAAGUGAGCGGUCUUUCUCCUUCCUGCAGGAGGCAAGUCCAAAAGCAAAAGAGCCGGAGCCUCCAGAAACAUCACCAGGCAGAGGAAGAACAGAAUGGAGACAAAGCGUCGGAAACACAGUGGUGCAAACAGUUCUGA